AUGCCGUCACUACCAGCGGUUUCAGCACUCGCUGCGCCUCUACCACCUAGCAGCUUCCAGCCAAGCUCGCAAGGCUUCACAAAUUCGACACACAGUAUAUCGCGCGGAGGUGCAGCCAUCUGUGUCUCCGGACAAGUCGAAGUUUCCGCGGGCACUAGCAUGAACAGAGUCAUCAACUACCAGCUGCCACAGAAUCAGUAUGAAGUCACGCAAACCUUUGUGUCCUACAUCAGUCCCGACAAUCCGUUCAUGAACAACAGCCUGGGUGGGAAUACACCAAUCUCGGGUAUCUACAAUAUUGGCGCUACACUGUGUCUGCCCCGUGAUGGUAAGGUAUCGAAGGGCGUCCAGCUCCUGACCCACGGCGUGGGCUUCGACCGCUAUUACUGGGACUUUGUGCAGAACUACAGCUAUGUAGAUACUGCUGUUAACAAUGGCUACGCCGUAUUCUUCUACGACAGGCUUGGUGUUGGUGUAUCGGAGAAAGCAGAUCCACUCUCAGUCGUCCAGUCGUCAUUGGAGGUUGAGAUAGCGCAUAGUCUCGGCUUACUGCUUCGAAAUGGUACGAUUGGCGGAAGCGUCGGCCAUUCCUUCGGCAGUAUCAUUACACAAGCUCUCACCAUGGAGUAUCCCACCCUACUCGACGCAGCCAUCCUGACGGGCUUUUCGGUAAGCAGCGCAGGACUUGCAGCAUUCUUCGCAGGGCUGAACUGGGACCAUGCGAAUCAAAACGCCGCUCGGUUUGCAGGGUUGAACAAUGGGCACAUCGUCAGCGAUACCGAGAUAAGCAACCAGAUUGGCUUCUACCACUAUCCUGGCUUCGAUCCUGCUAUCUUGGCCAAGGCAGAGACUACAAAGGCCAGUGCGACUUUCGGUGAGAUCUUCACAACUGGCGCAGCAGGUGGGAAUGCUACGGCGUAUACCAAUCCAGUGGCUGUUGUCAAUGGACUGGAGGAUCUGCCGUUUUGUUAUGGGAAUUGCUCGUACCCUGUUGAUCUCGCAGCACAGGUCAAGUCGCUAUACCCAGCCGUAUCGGCCGGUGCAUUCAAGACGUAUCUUGGGCAGGAUGCUGGUCACGCUCUGAACCUCCAUUACGCUGCUGCUGACGCAUUUUCGUGGAUCAUGAGUUUCCUGAGCAGCAAUGGACUGUGA